AUGUCUGACAACGAGAACGGCGAGAACGGCGACGAGCUCGUAACCAAGCCCUUCAAGUUUGUCACUGGCUUCGAUGCCCGCUUCCCCAACCAGAACCAGACCAAGCACUGCUGGCAAAACUACGUCGACUACCACAAGUGCAUCAUCGCCAAGGGCGAGGACUUUGCCCCCUGCCGCCAGUUCAUGUUGGCCUACAAGUCCCUGUGCCCCAGCGGCUGGACAUCGCGAUGGGACGACCAGCGUGAGGCUGGCAACUUCCCCGUAAAGCUCGACCAGUAG